AAUUUCGGCAGAGAACAACACUAAUGUGCUGAGGAAAAUGAAAGGCCUUCAAUUGCCGUUACUCAUAACUCUGCUUGUGGGAUUCUUCGAUAAUUUUUAUUGCGUUGAGGUUCUAAGCGCGGACAAUGACAUUUGCCGACUUUUUAAAGAUGGGGUAAAAUUACGUAAGCCGGGUUAUUGCAACAUUGGCAUAAUAUGCCAGAACUUUAAAAGUGUGGAUAAUGUACCAUGCCAGGGUUCUACUUAUACGUAUUACGAUCGGAAUACAAUGGGAUGUGCAAAAAGUACUUCUGACGACUACUGCUCCGCGCCGUGUGUUACUAAAUCAAAUGGAUACAUUCAGGACCCCAAAAACUGCAAAGGCUGGUACAAUUGCAAUGGUAAAACUGCUAUUAGCUCUGGGUAUUGUUCCGGCGAUUUACUUUUUAAUUCCACCACCAUAAUGUGCGACUAUCCUGAAAACUCUUCCUGUAGGGCCACAUUUACUCUCUGCGAUGUGGUACCUGAUUCAACGCCAUUUCUGAGUGAGGGUAAUUGCAACGAAUAUUACGAAUGUGUCAAAAGCAAAUCAAAAUCCGUUUUGCAAACCAAAACGUGUGAUUCUGACAAAUACUUUGACGUUAAUACAGGAACUUGUAUGGCCAAAAGCCAUGUUAAUUGUUCUAAACAUCCUUAUCCCAAUGAGGUGUGCGGCAAUACGAAGCUAGCGAUAAGAAAUCGCUUUGUUAGUGAUGAUGCAACAUGCCGCGGAUAUUUUUAUUGCAAAGAUCUGGGUGUUGGCACACCUGAUCCAUCGCCUAGUUGGGGACAAUGCCCCACAACAACGUUCUUCGAUUCAACACAGGAGGGUUGUGUGUCGCGCACCAGCGUGCGGUGUGGUGAAGAUCGUUGCGAUGGUCGAGAUGACGGUUAUGAAUUGAGCUCGACACCAGGCUGUCAGUAUUAUCUAAGUUGUAAGAGCAGUCGUACCGUGGAGGAGAAGUAUUGUGGUGACAAUAUGUGGUUUGAUGCUGCAACGGAGAAGUGCACCUCAACUAAGAAAUCGUACACAGCUUGCGUCUAAUCGGGUUGUCGCAUUUGACUGGCGCGACAUGUAAAACCUACCGUGGUGCCACAAUUAAAGUAUUGCCGUAUAUAGUAUACAAACAAAAAAAACAACAACAGAUGUUCUUGUCCUGGAAGCAAAUAUUAUAUUUCGUUGUGCAUAAAGAGGUUUUUGUUGGUUGUGAAAUAUAUUUCAAAAUUAAUGCUUAUUGAAGCGAAAAAUGGUUUUCAUAGAAUUUAUGGUAGUCGUAGACGGUGGGGAGGAAUCUCAAACAUUUUUUUGUCCUUCACGUAAAAAAAAAACAAAUGCCAGCAAAAUUACAAAGCGCGAAUUUAAUUCACAGGUAGAAAAAGUUGCAACCCAGCAGCAUUGAAAAGAAUUAU